UGAGUGCGCGUGCUUUCACUUCACCGGAUGUAAGCCAACUGAAAGCUUCGCUCAUCAGCGGCCUGACGACGGAGAGAGAGGGGGAGUAAAGAGCGGCACCGAAGUCCUCCCGGGAGAAGAGGGAGAGACCCCGGGGAGCGGACUUUUAGCCAAACAUUUACCAGGGGGAUGGCGGUUCCAUACGAGGGCCAGUCUUUCUCUACCCUGAGGAGGCAGUGCCGGCAGAAUGGACGUCUGUUUGAAGACCCCCUGUUCCCCACAUCCGACCAGUCUCUGUUCUACCAGAACAACAGCAUCGGCAGAAUCACCUGGAAAAGGCCGAAGGAGUUAUGCAGCAACCCCCAUCUCUUUGUAGACGGCAUCAGUGCCCAUGACCUGCACCAAGGCCAGCUGGGAAAUUGCUGGUUCGUAGCCGCCUGCUCCAGUCUGGCCUCCAGGGAGGCACUAUGGCAGAAGGUGAUCCCUGACUGGAAGGAUCAAGAGUGGAAUGAGGAGAAACCGGAGUUCUACGCCGGGAUCUUCCACUUCCGGUUCUGGCGUUUCGGUCAGUGGGUGGACGUGGUGAUUGACGACCGGCUGCCCACGGCCAACGGAGAGCUGGUGUACUGCCACUCCAACGACAGCAACGAGUUCUGGAGCGCGCUGGUGGAAAAGGCCUACGCCAAGAUGUGCGGAUGCUACGAGGCGCUCGACGGCGGCAACACGGCCGACGCACUCGUGGAUUUCACCGGCGGUGUAUCAGAGCCGAUGGACCUGAUGGAGAGCGGCUUGAAAGACAACGAAGAGAAGCGCAGCGAGCUGUUCGAGAGGGUCCUGAAGGUCCACGACCGAGGAGGCCUCAUCAGCUGCUCCAUCCGGGCUACCACUGCGGCCGACAUGGAGGCCAGGCUGUCGUGCGGCCUGGUGAAGGGCCAUGCCUACGCGGUGACGGAUGUCCGCAGGGUGAGGCUGGGCCACGGCCUGCUGGCCUACUUCCGGUCGGACAAACUAACUAUGAUCCGCAUGAGGAACCCCUGGGGAGAAAGAGAAUGGAACGGGGCUUGGAGUGACAGCUCUGAAGAGUGGAAGAAGGUCAGUACCAGUGAGAGGGAGAGGAUUGGUGUCACAGUGCAGGACGAUGGAGAGUUCUGGAUGACGUUCGAUGACUUCAUCGUUAACUUCACGGACCUCAUCCUGUGUCGCCUCAUCAAUACAUCCUACCUGAGCUUCCACAAGACCUGGGAGGAGGCUGUGAAGCGGGGCUCCUGGCGGCGCCACGACGACCCGCUUCUCAACCGGGCCGGGGGCUGCGGCAACCACAAGCAGUCCUUCCUACAGAACCCGCAGUACAUGUUUGACGUGAAGAAGCCAGAGGACGAGGUUCUGAUCUGUCUGCAGCAGAAAGACCGCCGAGCAACUCUGAGGGAUGGACGGGGAGAAAACCUGGCUAUUGGUUUCGACAUACACAGGGUGGAGUUGAACAGGAUCUACCGAAUGCACGUCACCCAGCAGAAGGUUGGCGGGAGCGUCUACAUCAACUCACGGUCUGUGUUCAAACGCAUCGAGCUGAAAGAGGGGCGGUACGUCAUCAUACCCACGACCUUUGACCCCGGUCUGGAGGGAGACUUCCUGCUCCGCGUCUUCACCGACGUGCUGUCUGACUGCCAGGAGUUGACCCUACACGAGCCUCCACAGACCUGCUGGUCUGGAUUGUGUGGCUAUCCCUCUCUGGUCACUCAGGUCCACAUACUGAGUGCGAAUGGACUCGCAGGACAAGACUCUAAUGGAGUGUCGGACCCCUACGUGAUAAUCCGCUGUGAAGGAGAGAAGGUUCGCUCACCGGUCCAUAAAAACACUCGUGCCCCCAACUUUGACACCAAGGGGCUCUUCUACAGGAAGAAAGCCAACCAGCCAAUCAGAAUUGAGAUCUACAACCACAACGCGUUGAUGGACUCCUUCCUGGGUCAGGUGACGCUGCCGACCGAGCAGGGAGAAUUCCAGCAGACGCUCCACCUGAGGGACAAGGGCGAUCGCCGUGACAACGACCUGCCGGGGACGCUCACUGUGGCGAUGGUGACCAGCCCGGUGCUCACCAGCAUCUGAGACAGGCCACGGAAAAAAACCUUCCGUCAGCUUUAGUUUUCCAAGUUGCUGGUUUACCUCCGCGAGAGGGUUAAAUAUUUGGCACGAACAGAGGGUUUACAUUUUGUGUGUUUACUUUUACAAUUACACAUCCAGCAGACAUGUGGAAAUCAAACCCGAUUCUCUCAUUUUGCUUUAACCGUGUGCUCGUCAGCGUCUGUUUACACAAUGAUUUGUAAAUUAGGUGAAUCUGAUCACCCUAAAAUAUUAAAUAUACAUUUACGUCUGCAAAACAUUGUUUUUUUAGCUUCUCAUGAUUACCAUCCCGGCCUUUAAGAAGUGUGUUAUCCUCUAAAACAGAACCACUUUGGUUUAUGUGUCUUUUGGGCGUGCCUCUCCACCCCAUCGCCAGUCAGUUUGUUUUCAACUCAGGGUUGGCCAUAAAUAGAAAAGCGCAUGUGUGUUGCAAACUGCCUUAAAAACACAGAUUGGGAUAAAUAUUCAAAAUGCGCUGUACAUGUCCAAAGAAUGCUCCUAAAACACUAUUAAUAUCUGCACAGCACAUGUCUUAAUGGGAAAGAAUCCAUUCCGGAUACCCAAACUGAAUAUGUCGUUUACAUGAUGUCAAAUUCAUACUUUUGUUCAGGACAAUAGUAUAUUAUUAGUGUGCAUAUGAACAGUCUAUGUCUUAGGUCUAUCAACCACUACUUGGUGUCAUGUGUCUUCUACUCUUUGAUGUCUAUUUCACCUUUUAUUUUAAUUUACUCUCUUUAUAUGGACUCCUGUAAACCACUCUGUAUUGCCUUGUUGAGAGGUUCUACAAUAUAAAUGUGCCAUUGUGAUAAUAGCUGGCAUUCGCCUUCUGGGACGUCUGCCGUAUCAUUGUUCACGGGUUUCUCCCUUAAUCUGGAAUCUCCUGGUGUAUUGGAUUGAUAAAUCAGCUUUUCUUCUUGAUAUAUGGUAUUUCACUCUGGAUAAAAGCAACAAUACUUUAGCCCGUUUACAUGUUGCAGUUUACAUUGUCUGAAUAUACUAAUUAAAGACAUACCUGCCAUUGGAAGUUUACAAUCUGAUUUCAUAUUGAUGUUUUUCUUUUCAGGGAGUGAAAUGGAAUAAUUUAGUCACCAAAUAUUUUAUUAUUUGUUCAAGUUUUCAUUUAUCGACAUGCCCUCAGUGUUAAAAGAGUGUUAUUGCACUUCAUUGUUAAAUUUCAACAAAUGGGCUCUAAUUAUUGAGUCAGUGCGUUUUUUUUUGUGCUCUCUGCAAUCUACUCAUCGGUUGGAUUGAAGAGUUUUUUUUUCUCUUAAUAUAUUUAUGAAUGAUAAAAUCCCUGUACGCCUCCCCUUUGUGUCCUCCUCUUGUCCCCCUGUGUCCCCCCACUCCUGAUGUGACUUCCAUGUCUGUGGUUCGCCUCAGAGUGCUUUCAUGUGUCUCUUAACUGACCUCCUUUCAACCUUCAGAGCUGCAAACAGACCAAAAAUAGGAUAUGUGGAUGGAAAAUAGAAAAUGGUGAUAGUCAUGUAAACACCGGAGUACAAAGUCACUAUACUAACUGUAUUCCCAAACUCUAUAGAAUAAAAAGGGCAGACCCAGUUUGUGGUCCAAUGAUGUAG